CCCUCCCCUCUCUUUGUCAAACAUCGCCGGUUCUUCGCUUCAACCCCACACACCGGAGGAGCGCAGCGCGCACCGCACCGGGCACAGCCGUGGCUCCGUGCCGCGUCGCUCCUCGGGUUCUCGGUAUAAAUACGCGCGCUUCCAGCCACGGCCCACGGGAGGAGGUUCCACUCCGUUCUGCUUAGCUUAGCUACGUAGCCCCACUCGCUCGCCGGCCCCAGCCUCUUCCCUUCUUCUUCUCUUCUUCUCUAGCCCAUUCUGUCUCCCCUGUCUCUGCCGUGCUGAACCAGAUGGAGAAGGCGAGGAGGAGGCGUCGCGUGCCGGCGUUCGGGGAGUGGAACUACAACUACCACCACGACGCUCCGGAGGCGGCGGCCGCGUGGUACGCCACGCCGGAGCCGGAGGCCUGCAGCGACGUGUGGUUCAGGUACUCGCCUCCCCCGCGCAAACCCACGCCCACACCCAACACGAAGCUUCCCAGGCGGCGGCGGCCGGAGGGCGACGUGUCCCGGGAGCGCGCCGGGGCGUCCUCGGACGCAGCCGUCAUGGCCAAGAGCGGCGCCAGCAGGUACCAGGUGCGGCACGUCGACGAGGACCUGUACAAGGCGCCGCCGCCGGAGCCCGCCUCCCACCGGCGGCCAAGGAAGAGGUGGAGCCUGUGGAUGGGAUGCCUGGGCCUCAACUCAUGCGUCGCCUCAUGAACCCCGAAUCUUGUCGCGCCGAUGGAUGGAUGGGAUGCUGCCUGCGUCCUGCGUGCGUGUUCAUCACCAGUGCCUACCUGCCCUUUCUCUGGGACACACUACCAUACUUCUGUCCAGUCCUCUCUCUCCGAGUGUUUUGUGCGUAUGCCUUGGCUUGUGGCAAGAUGGUUACUAGUAAAACUAGCUGGCUGCUAGUAACAUUUCGGGUUUCUAUUCUCUUGUGUAAUGCUGGUAAAGAUAUCCAGGUAUAUCUAGUAACAUUUCGUGCUUCUACUCUUCUUUUGUGUAAUGUGGGUAAGAUUGAUUAACAUAUUGAGUGCAA